CGCAAAAUUGAGUCUAUGGUUUAGUUCUCUAAUGGCGUAUCUUCCGGUAACACAUAUUAUAACGUCAAAAUGGCUAAGAAAAAAGGAGAUGAAAGAGUAAAUCAAGAUAAAGUUAGUGAUGAUAAUGAAGAACAUAAUUUCGAGGAAGAGCCAAAUUUUGAUGAUCCGGAAGGAUUCGUCGAUGACAUUCCUGAUGAGGAAUUGUUGGCCGACCUUUUGGAGCAAAAGCCUAAAGAGUCGGAUGGCUACGAGAAUGUGAUCGUGGUCGAUGGCUGCCCGCAGGUCGGGCCCGAGCGUCUGGAGAAAUUACAAAGCGUAAUAAAUAAGAUCUUUAGCAAAUUUGGAAAGAUCGUAAAUGAGUAUUAUCCAACUACGGAGACUGGAGUCACAACUGGCUACAUCUUCUUGGAGUACAGCAAUCCCCAGAAUGCUGCUGAAGCUGUCAAAGCUACGAAUAAUUGUAAAUUAGAUAAGCAGCAUACAUUUUUAGUGAAUUUAUUCACAGACUUCAAAAAAUAUUCAGAAAUACCCGAAGAAUGGGAACCGCCAUCACCCCAGCCUUUCAAGGUGCAGUCGGACCUGCAAUGGUACCUGAUGGACCCCGAUUGCUAUGACCAGUUCCUGGUUGGCAUCGGCACAGGUGUGGCUCUUCAAGUGUGGCAGAAUGCUUUGCCUGAGCCUGUUGUCUUGCAAGAGAGACCAAACUGGACAGAAACCUAUGCAGUCUGGUCUCCUCUCGGCACGUACCUAGCGACUUUCCAUUGGCGGGGUGUUGCGCUCUGGGCCGGGCCCAAGUUCUCCCAGUUCCAGAAGUUCUUCCAUCCGGAAGCUAGGUUCAUUUCUUUCUCACCAUGUGAGAAUUAUAUUGUAACAUUUUCACCCAGCAGUGAUAGAGGAGAUGACAAGAAACUAAUUAUUUGGGAUAUUAGGACAGGGCAAGAAAAGCGUAGUUUCCCUCCACCUGACGAGUAUGUGACAUGGCCAAUAUUCCGCUGGAGCAAGGAUGAUAAAUUCUUUGCGCGUCUCGGUCAAGAUGUGCUAUCAGUGUAUGAGACACCAGGCUUUGGUUUGCUUGACAAGAAAUCUAUCAAGAUCCCUGGCAUUAGGGAUUUCAGUUGGUCGCCGACUGACAACACUUUGGCUUAUUGGGUGGCUGAAGACAAGGACGUUCCAGCUAGAGUCACCCUCCUCGAGUUACCAAACCGCACUGAAGUCCGAUCAAAGAACUUGUUCUCUGUCGCCGAUUGUAAGAUCCACUGGCAGAAGAGUGGCGACUACCUCUGUGUUAAGGUUGACCGGUAUUCUAAAGUAAAAAAAGACAAGAAUGAAAUCAAGUACUCUGGAAUGUAUUAUAACUUCGAGAUUUUCCAUAUGAGGGAGAAAGAAAUUCCAGUGGAUUCCGUGGAAAUUAAGGAACCCAUUCAAGCAUUCGCUUGGGAACCGGUCGGUUCUAAGUUCUCUAUAAUUCACGGUGAUCCAGCAAAUAUCUGCAUCAGUUUUUACCAAGUUAACACAGGGCAAGCACCCACAUUGCUGAAGAAGUUUGAGAGGAAGCCAUUUAAUCAUCUAUUCUGGUCUCCAUCUGGACAGUUCAUAAUUUUGGCCAACCUGGGGCUUACUGGUGGUGCUUUAGAGUUCUUGGACACUAAUGACUUCACUAUUAUGAAUGUUUCGCAUCAUUAUCAGAUGUCUGGCAUCGAGUGGGACCCGACUGGCCGCUAUGUAGUGACCGGAGUGUCCUCGCUCAAGUGCAAGAUGGACUGCGGAUAUUACAUCUGGUCCUUCCAGGGCAAGAUUCUUAGGAGAGUGAUGAAGGAAGGAUUCGCGCAGUUCCACUGGCGCCCGCGGCCGCCCACGCUGCUGUCGGAGAAGCAGCAGAAAGAGAUCAAGAAGAAUCUCAAGAAGUACUACUCGCAGUUCGAGUCUAAGGACCGUCUGCGAAGUAGCAAGGCCAGCAAGGAACUGGUGGCGAAGCGCACGGAGCAGAUGAAGAAGCACGUGGAGUACCGCGACAUGAAGACGCAGGAGUGGGCCGACCAGAAGCCGCGGCGGCUCGAGCUCAGGAACUACGUAGAUACAGACGGUCUGGACACCGACCAGGCGAACACAGUGGAAGAGGUUGUUGAAUUUUUCGUGAAAGAAGAACAGACUGUCAUCGAGUAGUCGCCAUACCCCCCCACGUUAGCGGCCGGCGUCCCCACUCCGGCCACCAGUUAAAACCGGAUCGAACCGGUUCAAUAUCGACAGAAACCACUUUGACACCAUCAACUUUUUUUCUAUUCUCAUUCCGUAGUCACAAACGUUUUAUAAACAUAAUUCGAUGUUUUUCAGUAUAAGAGUUCGGUUUAUAAAUUAUACAAUAGGUAAUGUUUAUAGAAAUCAUAUUAAAUUUAUAUGUUUCAAACGGA